AUGGAGAGUUUCAAGCAAAAUGCGAAAUUUAAUGAUAUCGAACCAAUGGAUAACAAGUGGAUGCUCGUGCUUUCGCUCGGAACCGGUAUUGCCUCCAUGGAUGCACCAAAGUAUGAUGCAGUUACAGCCAAUAAUUGGGGAAUGUUGGACUGGAUCUUCCUCAAUGGAACACACCACUUCUUGAUGCUUGUGGGCAAGCGAGUUCCGAUGUGGUUGAUUUUCAUGUUUCUGCUCUUUUCCGAACCUCUAGGUGCAAAGAAAAUUAUCUUCGCAUUCAGGAUGACUGGUUGACGGGCGCAGCAUCAACAGCUGAUAUUGCAACCGAGGAGAAUCUGCAGAAGCUUGUGGGGAUUGGAAACGAACUCUUGAAGAAACCUGUUUCGAAGCUGAAUUUUGAGACCGGCAGACUAGAGGAAGAUGAAGGACUCACAAAUGAAGAAGCUCUUGCUAAAUUUGCCAUCAGACUCCAUGAACAACGAUGUUUUCGUCUUAGUGCCUAAGGGCAUGCAAGAAAAUUGAGAUUUUUCCCCUUGGAAAAUGUUGUCUUUGAAUAAAAACUUGGGAGUUUGCUUGUUUGUUUCGCCUCUAAAUAAAUCGAGAAACUAAAGUUUUCUCGAAGAUUAAGCUA